UCACAUAAAUUUCUAUAAUUUAUUUUGGACCUGAUAAAAUGGAACGAAAGGAGUAUAUAUUAUAUAUUUUAUAUAGAGAGAGAGAAGAGAAGCCACUAUCAUAUCUACAUCAACAAAGAGAUCAAACUCCCUAAUGGAAACCAUUGUCAAGCUUUCAAUCACUCUUCUUCUUCUUCUUCUUACACUUCUCACCAAAGGUGUUUGUAGUUGUGGUUUGAACAAUAUAACGGUUGGAACAAUAAGGAGUGGUGUAGAAAUAAAGGGAAAGCCAGAGUGGAAUGUGGUUGUGAUGAACAAUUGUGAUUGUCCCAUGCAAAAAAUGGUAUUGUCUUGCAAUGAUUUUCAGACAACAGAGCCAGUGGAUCCAACUAUUUUCAAGCCUUUGGGAAACAAUGAAUGUAGUGUCAACAAUGGCAAUGUCAUACCAGCAAAAAAUACAGUCAACUUCUCUUAUGCUUGGGAUCCUCCUUUUUUCCUAAGGCCAACUUUUGUUACUACUUCCUGUUGAAAAUAUAAAUCCCUAUGUAUGAUGUAGAGGCAAAUUUACUAUAGUUGUUUGAAUUUUAAUGAGAGGGCUUGUACUAUAAAUAUAAUAAUAUUUGAUCGUGGAGAA